AUGAGCCUAUUUCGUCGUUCUGCGUUACUGCAUCCGUCCUUUGGUACUUCAUUUCAACUCAGGUGAGAAUUUUAAAAGGCGACCUUAAUCUUCAGGCCCUUGUCUUUGUCGACGUCGCAUCAACUGUAUGCUCGAAAUACCAUUAUAAAUUUUGUCCCUCAGCAAGAAGCAUGGGUUGUAGAGAGAAUGGGGCGUUUUUACAAGAUCUUGGAACCAGUAGGUGCUUUUUGAACAUGCAGUGUAUGAUAUUUAGGGCGUCAACUUCUUGAUACCGUUAGUGGAUAGCAUUAAAUAUGUUCAAAGUUUGAAAGAAAUAGCCAUUGAAAUUCCUCAACAGGGUGCAAUCACAUUGGACAAUGUCCAGCUGCAACUGGAUGGUGUUCUUUACCUCAGAGUUGUUGAUGCAUACAAGGUAAACACUCUAAAAGAAUAAUUAUUGAAUCAUUUAGGCUUCUUAUGGUGUCGACGACCCCGAAUUUGCUGUUACUCAAUUAGCUCAAACAACGAUGCGAUCAGAAGUUGGUAAAAUAAGUUUGGAUACGGUUUUUAAAGAGAGAGAGCAACUUAACGUCUCCAUUGUGGGUAAGUCCUGAAGCUUGUUUUAAUUGCUUUUAGAAUCGUUGAACAAGGCUGCAGAACCAUGGGGGCUGGUCUGUAUGAGAUACGAGAUAAGUGAGUGAUUAAAUAAUUUCUCCGAUCUUAUUCCUAGGAAAUAUGACGAUGCCUGAAAGAAUUCAACAAGCAAUGCAAAUGCAAGUAGAAGCCGAACGGAAGAAGAGAGCUGCCAUUCUUGAGUCAGAAGGAAGUCGUGAUGCUGCUAUCAAUGUUGCUGAGGGAGAAAAGAAAGCCAGAAUCCUGGCCUCUGAAGCUUUCCAGCAAGAACAAAUCAACCAAGCCGAAGGAAAAGCGAAGGCCAUAGAAUUAGAAGCUGCUGCUCGACAACGUGGACUGGCUAUGGUAGCAGAAUCACUGACCAAAAAUGGUGGAAGGAAUGCCGCCUCUUUGGCGGUGGCCGAGCAAUAUGUGAAAGCCUUCUCGGGUCUAGCCAAGACUUCGAAUACACUUAUUGUGCCAGCAAAUGCAGCAGAUGCCAAUUCAAUGAUUGCUCAGGCUUUGACAAUUUAUCAGAAAAUGGGUAAUCAAGUAAACAACAACAGCCAAGAGUCGCAGUAG